UACUGGUUUUUACUGGUUUUUACUGGUUUGUACUGGGGGACCGCGCUCCCACCCCGCGCCGCCAGGGGGCGACAACACCGCGCCAGGCCCCGCCCCCUCCCUCCCUCCAUUGGCCGCCGCUGACGUCAUCCCCUAGCAAACCACGCCCCCUUUCCGCGGCCAGCGAACUGGGCGGGGCCAAGCGGGCCUGACCGGAAGCGGAAGCUCUCGCCGGAAGCGGAGGGGGUCGCACCGGAAGCCGGAAGUCGCCGCCGGGGCGGGGGCGCGACGAGGCCGCGACAGCGACGCCCCCUCCCCCCCCCCGGGAUGUCGCAGGAGCCGCCCCCGCCCCCCCCGGCGCGCCCCUCCCCCCCCCGGCGGGAGGAGGAGGAGGAGGAGGAGGAGGAGGAGGAAGGGGGGGGAGGGGCCCCCGGGAGCCCCCCCGGGCAGGACGGAGUCGUGUACCGGCCGGGCUCCCGCCGCUGCGGCCGCUGCCUCAUCACGUUCCCGGACGCGGCGUUCGCCGCCCGCCACGCCAAGCGGCAGCACCCGCGCGCCUUCGCCGCCGCCGCCCUGCGGGGGGCGCUCUUCGUCUGCUUCGUCUGCGCCCGCGCCUUCCCCUCCUCGCCCGCCCUCCUGCGCCACCAGCGCGGCCACGCCCCCUCCCGCCCCCCGACACGCCCCCUCCCGCCGCCGGACACGCCCCCGCGGGCCCCGCCCCGCCGCGGGGACACGCCCCCCCUGAGCUGCACGGAGUGUGGGCGGGGCUUCGCCCGCGAGGGGGCGCUGCACCGCCAUUACAUCCGGCACGCGCGGGGGGAGCUCUGAGGGGCGGGGCCUGGCGGGCAGGGGGCGGGGAAAUAAAGCGGCGGCGGCGGUUUCUGA